CUAAUUUUUAUGCUACUUAAAAAACUUAUUUAUUUAUAAGAAAUCACAUAAAACACAUAUAAUGCAUGAAUAUUAAUGUUCAUUUUUUUCUUCAUUAUUUUAUUUUUCCUUUAUCAUACUUACUUAUCAUUCUUCUUUAAUUUAAUUUCUAAAUUAUUAUAUUUAAUCUUAGUAAUCUAUUCUGUUCUUUGAUUCUAACAGUUUUCAAAUUUUUAAAUGAUUAGAUUUUACCGAUAAGUUAGAGCAAUCUAAAAAGUUUCCAAGAUCAGCGCCAUCUCGUGUUUGGAUAUUCAAAGCUCCGACUUGUUACUAGCAUAACAGAAUGUGCAAAGAGUUCAUUAUUUGAUCAUUAAUAAAGAGAGACAAAAAUAUUGUUUUAAAUGUUAAAAUGGAAACGUCAAUGAUUGCAGUCAAUGUAAUGAAUAUUGCCAACUGUGUCUCAGAAUUGGUGUCAAAUUCUUUACACGUCAAUGCUACAUCAAUUGCAAUACGAUUUCACAGUGAAGAACGUAAAAUUCAAGUAAUAGAUAAUGGUAUAGGAAUACCGAAAGCAGAAUUAAAAACAAUUGCAGAAUAUAAUAACAAAAAUUAUUGCAAUUAUCCAAUUAGACAUGAUAUUCAUAACUGGAAAAAGCAAACACUUAUUAAUAUUCGUAGAUUGUCUAAUAUAAUGAUGAUAACUUCUAGAUAUUAUAAUUCAUCUAAAACAUAUAUGAAGAUUUUCAAAAUAUAUCACGAAUCAAACAUUGAAAGGACUGAAAGAAGACCUUCUCAGGGUACCACAAUAACUAUUUAUGGAUUUCAUGAAUUAUCCCUAAACAAAUGGAAUAUAGCUUUUAUGUAUUAUUUAAUUGAAAACAUUGCUAUAGCCAAUCCUCAAACUUCAUUCACUAUUAGAGAUGAUAAAAUUAAAAAAGUUACCAUGAUAAUUACUAAGCCACAUAAUCCAAUAAACAUUUUUAAAUUGUUAUAUAAUAAAAAAGUAAUGUUUCAUAAAGUAUGGUUUAUAAGAUCUAAACAAAAAUCUGAUAUCAAAUUCUGUGCAUAUAUUGGAAUAUCAAAUUCUAAUUUUACUGUCCCUCAGCAUAUUUUUAUAAAUAAUAAACUUGUUCAUUGCCCUUUAAUUUUGCAAAUAAUUUCCACUAUUUUUAUUAAUACACUAAAAUUCUUCAAAAAACAAAUAGUCGAGAAAGAGGCAAUUUUUAUUCUAUUAUUCAUUAUAUGUAAUGAAUACAUUUUUAUUAUAGAGAAUGGAAAAAGAACAUUAAUGCUUUCUAAUAUAUAUAAUUUAUUACAAAGUAUUAAAAACAAGAUAAUAAAUAUUUUUAUAAAAGAUAUUAAACCUUUGUCUGUUAAUGAUUCAAAAUGUAGCAAUAAAGCUAAUAAACAAAAAUUUAAAAAUAAUGAAAUACAGCUAAUUACAGAUCAUUUAAUGCAAUUACAUACAUCUACUUUGCAAAAUACAAAAAGCAUUCAAUUAACACUUUCUGAGUGGUCUAACUGGUCUGAUUCUAAAAAUUUGAAACAAUGUGAAAAUAAUUCUUUAAGAUUUUAUAAGCAUUUUGAUUUUUUACCAGAAAAAUUACAUAAACUAUUGCGUGGAAAUACAAAAUUAAUACAAACAAAUAUUUUAAAUGCAUAUGAUGAAAAUUUAUACUCAAUUAAAGUAAAAUCUGAAUUGCAAAUUCCAGAUAUAUUACCUCAUCAAGAAAUUGAUGUGCGUCUAUGUAAAAAUGAUCGAUUUUGUGAAUUUAAAAUAAAUAAAAAACUGUUAAAAUUUAUUAAAAUAUUAGGACAAUUGAACAAUGAACUAAUAGUAGGAUUAGUAAUUCAAAAUAAUGUAAAGAUACUUUUAUUAAUGGAUCAACAUGCAAUUCAUGAAAGGAUAAGAUAUGAACAAUUACUUCAUGGUAAAAAUUUAUAAUAUAAUUUUACUAUUGUUUAUUUAUGAUAUAAUUUUUUUACCAAUUUUUAAUAUUUAUAAUAUAAUAUAAUUUCGUAUAAAAGAAAAUAUUAGUAUAAUAUUAAGAUAUAUUAAUUAUAAAAUAUUAAUUUUUAGAAUACAAAUCACAAAUAAGAAAUCAAUUAUUUUCUAUCAAAUUAAAAAAUCCUGUGGUUGUAAAACUAUCUGCAAAGAGUUGCAAUUUACUUUUAUCUAAUCAUAAAAUGUUAAGAAGAUUUGGUAUAACUUUUAAUAUAUUAGAUAACAAUAACAUAAUAAUACGAACAGUGCCAGAAUGUUUAAAAAAAAACAAUUAUAGUGAAUUGAAAUUAAAAUUAAAUAUACAAAAUCUUUUAAACGAAUUAAUACAAAAUUCUACAAAAUAUAUAAACUAUCAAAUUAAUGAUUUACCAAUUACUAUACAUAAUGCAAUUGUAAUGAAAGCUUGCCAUGGUAUGCUCUUUUUUCUUUUAUAUAUAUAUAUAUUUUUUUUUAAUUUCAUAAAUUUAACAAACAUCAUAUAUAAAGUAUAAAUAGAAUAUAUAUUUUUC